AGGAACAAGGCCAGGCAGGGUGACACAGGGAGCUUCAGCGUCUACCAUCACUCACCAUGGCAGCAAUUAAGACCUUAAACCCUAAAGCUGAAGUGGCUAGGGCAGCACAAGCCCUUUCUAUUAAUAUUUCUGGUGCUAGAGGUAUUCAGGAUGUCUUGAGAACCAACUUGGGACCAAAGGGUACAAUGAAAAUGCUGGUGUCUGGUGCUGGGGAUAUCAAAAUUACCAAAGAUGGUAAUAUUUUACUCCAUGAGAUGCAAAUCCAGCACCCUACAGCCAGCAUGAUAUCCAAAGCAUGCACUGCCCAAGAUGACAUCAUUGGUGAUGGCACUACCUCAACUGUACUGCUCAUUGGCGAAAUGCUGAAGCAAGCAGAUAUUCAAAUUCAAGAUGGUCUGCAUCCAAGACUCAUUGCAGAAGGCUUUGAUUUGGCCAAGGUAAAAGCCCAAGAGGUACUUGAUCAAGUUAAAAUUGUUGACGAGAUGAAACGUGAGCGUCUGUGUCAAGUAGCUCGCACUGCUCUCCGCACGAAAGUUCAAUCUGAUCUGGCAGACAAAUUAACUGAAGUGUGUGUUGAUGCUGUGUUGUCUAUCAAGGAAGAGGGUAAACCACUUGAUCUGCACAUGGUGGAAAUCGUAGAGAUGCAGCAUAAGACAGAAAUGGACACCCAGCUUGUGAAAGGUCUGGUGUUGGACCAUGGUGGGCGUCACCCAGAUAUGCCUAAGCGUGCUACAAAUGCUUACAUCCUCACUUGUAAUGUCUCCAUGGAAUAUGAGAAGACAGAGGUCAAUUCAGGUUUCUUCUACAAAUCUGCUGGAGAGAGGGACAAGCUUGUGACUGCAGAGAGAGAAUUCAUCGAAAAUAGGGUUAAUAAAGUAAUAGAGUUGAAGAAAAAGGUUUGUGCUGGUAAUAACAACACGUUUGUUGUAAUCAACCAAAAAGGAAUUGAUCCCAUGUCACUUGACAUGCUGGCCAAAGAAGGCAUCAUGGGGAUGAGACGAGCUAAACGCCGCAAUAUGGAGAGACUUGCCCUGGCCUGUGGGGGAAUGGCUGUGAACAGCUUUGAUGACAUGACAGAAGACUGCUUGGGUUUUGCUGGCAGCGUAUAUGAACAUGUUCUGGGAGAAACAAAGUAUACAUUUGUUGAGGAGUUGAAGAAUCCCCACAGUGUAACUAUACUUAUUAAGGGGCCCUACAAGCACGCCCUUCAGCAGACCAAAGAUGCUACCAGGGAUGGACUGAGGGGGAUCAAGAAUGCCCUGGAUGAUGGCUCAUUAGUGCCAGGUGCUGGUGCCUUUGAGAUUGCUGCUUAUGCUGCAUUAAUGAAGUACGAAAAUGAAGUAAAAGGUCGUGCCCGGUAUGGAGUCCGUGCUUUUGCUGAUGCUCUUCUGGUUAUUCCCAAAACGCUUGCUAGUAACAGUGGAUAUGAUGCAAUGGAUAGUUUGGUAAAGCUGCGAGAAGAGUAUAAGAACAAUGGAGGAUUACCAGUAGGUCUUGAUAUUACCACAGGAGAGGCUCUCAACCCCUGUGAUGCUGGCAUAUUUGAUAACUAUUGUGUUAAAAGGCACAUGCUUGAUGCAUGUUCGGUCAUUGCUCGUAACCUUCUUAUAGUUGAUGAAAUUAUGAGAGCUGGACUAUCACAGUUGAAGUAGAUAGGUUCUGCCCAGGUUCUGCCCAGUAAAUUACUGCCUCAGCACUUGUCUUGCUGAUGUCACAGCACUUGUCUUGUUGAUGUCCUCGCUAGCAGCUGGAAUCAUACCAGUAAAGUCUCAUCCCAGCCUAAUAAUGCACACUUAUGUUUGACUAUUGGAUUUGCUUCAAUAAUUUUUGUUAAUAAAGAAACCUCACAA